AUGUUGGAGCAUCUUGAGAUGUUAGCCUCGAUGCGGCCCCGGGACUACGUCCAGCAGGGCCUGAUGAUGUUGAUGUUUAUGAGCACGUGUUUGGUGGGCUGGACGGGCCUGACGGGCCUGACAUGGUGCGAGUACAGCAUCGUGGCGGUCAUCAGCGGGAGCAUGGAGCCCGGCUACCACCGCGGCGAUUUGCUCUUUUUAAGCGGCGACUUCGCUCGCCCUGUGGAAGCGGGGGAUAUCGUGGUGUAUCGCCUGCUUUCCAAGGACAUCCCUGUCGUCCACCGCGUGAUCGAGACCCACCACCGCGCCGACGACGCCCGGGAGUUCUUCCUCACCAAAGGCGAUAACAACCGCUGGGAUGACCGCUUUCUCUACACCCCGGGGAUGGCCUUUGUCGGGCCCGAGCAGGUCAUCGGGCGGGUGAUGGGGAAAAUGGCCUACGCGGGCUACGCCACGCUCAUGUUUAACGGGGUGGCCUUCUUGAAAUGGGUCUCCGUCGGUCUGAUUGGGUUUUUGGCUUUGACGUCGUUAGGAUAA